AUGAAUGUAAGCAAUAAUUCAAAUUUGGAAUGCGAAUUCCAUAUUUGCAUCAGGCAUGUGAUGCGUAUGUCUCGUUGGGUUGGGUUUUUUCCAGUUUCGGGGCUUAACAAGUCUUCGAUAAACGAAUUAAGAUGCAAGACACGAUCUUUUUGCUACAUUUUCAACAUUCUUCUAAUAGUUGCUCAUUUUCUCAUCUCCUGUCUGAGUUUCUAUCACUUCUCUAUAAAACUUGAAUUGGAAAAUUUCACAAAAUUCAUAUUCUACUCUACAGGUUUUCUUAGUGUGGUAUCAUUUUCGGUAUUGGCAAGAAAGUGGCCAAGAAUUCUGAGAGGCAUGGCAAAACUCGAACAAUCGUUUGCACCGAUGCGCACACAGAAAUCGAACCCGUCGAAAUUCGUUAUUUACUCAUAUGCCAUCAUGCUUUUAGCACUGAUUGAACAUAUUUUAUCCAUCAAUUAUAAGCUAACAUUCAUAAUGAAUUGUAUGAAAGAACGAAGCAUCAAUAACGACGUACUUAUCAGAUACGUACAGGUGUAUGUUACACAAAUUUUUCAGCUUACAACAUUCAGUUUGUGGAAAGGUGCAGUAUAUAAGGUAGUAAAUCUGCAAGCCACUUUUAUGUGGACUUACUUGGAUGUGUUUAUCAUGUGUGUUGGGAUUUAUUUAUCUAAUUUAUUUAGAGAUAUAAACAAAACUAUAUCUGUACAAGAAGCUCAAAAUUCGGUGAAAUGGAGUUCGAUUCGGCAGCAUUACUCUCAAGUAAUGAAGUUACUUAAACAAGCCAAUAAAAACUUGUCGUUUCUCAUUCUGCUAUCUUUCUUCACUAAUAUAUAUUAUGUGUGUCUGCAGAUGUAUUACUCCAUUCAAUCAGUUGAUGGUAUAGAAUACAAUGCAUACUACAUAUUUUCUCUACUAUUUCUCUUGCUACGUUCUUUUAUGACAUCGAUGAUGGCUGUUCAAGUCAACACGGAGGCACUGAAACCUUUGACAGUUCUGCGCAAUAUUCAGACGCAAGAUUACACACUUGAUGUGCAACGAUUUAUUCGUCAAAUUCAGUACUGUAAUCCAGCUUUGAGUGGAAUUUGCUUUUCCGUCACUAAACAAAUGCUUUUUUCUGCAAUAGCUACAGUAGUGACGUAUGAAGUUGUCUUACUUCAAAACAGCCGCACUCGAGCGAUGCUAUAUGACGGUCUAAACAAUUUAAGGACACGCUAUGAACAUGACUUUCAAACUCAACAAGAUGCUUUUAAAGGAGCUUCCUCUAUGCUUAUCAUUGCUGGAUAUACUAUAGGUCUCAAUCCAGUUUCUGGUGCAUUAGGAAAAGAUGUAUCAAAAAUAAGAUCUGAGAGUAAAUCCAUGAAACACAUUUACAGUAUAAUUUUGUGUCUUUUUCAAAUGCUAAUAACGCUAUUGUGUAUUAUGAAUAUUUUCAAAAAAAACAUCUCAGUUACAACCUUGGCUAACGUGAUAUUCUAUGGAACAACGUUCGUUACGAGUUUCCUGUUUCUACGCUUAGCACGGAAGUGGCAAGUUAUAUGUCAGGAAGUGACGUCAUCACGUCUAGAUGAAUACAUAGAUCCACGUAUUCAAUUCAAAUGUACCUUAGCCACGAUUCUUAUGUUCACUAUGGCCUUGUUUGAACAUGUUCUAUCGAUAAUUUCACAAUUUGCGCAUAUAACCGACUGCGUAACAAAAACUGAUGUUUUCAAGACUUAUAUUGAAAUAUAUUUUGAUUGGAUAUCCUUUCUCAAUUUACCUAACAAUGGGGUACUAUCAGUAUUUGUAAUGUUCUUGAAUAUUAUAUGUACGCUCAAUUGGAAUUAUUCACACCUUUUUAUAAUAUGUAUCAGCCUCUAUCUGAGUUCUGUAUUGGAACAAAUAAACAAAAAACUGCGUUCUUCUGAGGGUCAGUUCCUGCCAUCGUCAUUCUGGAAGAAACUCCGAGAGGAUUACAGUAGUGCGACACGUUUAGUGCGAAUAUUUGAUAAUUAUAUCAACACAAUUAUAUUCGUUGCAUUUGCCAGCAAUUUGUUCUUUGUCUGCUUGCAAUUGUUUUAUAUAUUAUCUCUCUUCAAUAGUUACGAGUACAUAAUCUAUAUGUUUACUUCGAUUAUGUUUAUCAUGGGCCGAUCCCUUUUCGUGGCGUUGAUUGCUUCAAAGGUCCACUCAGCAACCCAGGUGGCAGCACCGAUUCUUUAUGCUGUACCAUCUCCAGUCUAUUGUAUCGAGGUGCAGAGAUUCAUCGAGCAAGUACACGGAGAGUCAGUGGCACUCACGGGGAUGAACUUUUUCCAAGUUACCAGGGACCUUGUGCUAUCAGUAGCUGGUACCAUCGUGACUUAUGAAUUAGUGCUUUUGCAAUUCACCUAA